AUUAAAUGUGACACCCAAGCGAGUCACACACGAUCGUAGCAGCAACCUCAUCAACACACGGGGGGAAAGGGGAAGACAGCAGGACAGGAACACUCGACUCCGACUCCGACUCGAAUUUCGAUUCCAACUGCGUCUGUCGAGGGGGUUGAAAUAUUGCAAGAAGAAGUGCAGCUGAAAUGAAGCUCGUCUAAGGGGCGAUCCUGUGAGGACGAAAACGAGGACGAGGACGAGAACGAGAACGUGUCCCUGCCUUAUCAGCCAUGCGUUGCCAGCAGCGCCAGCUGAACCGCUGAGGGUUAGAAGCGAACCACGCGCCAGGCCUUGUUCCCUUUGUGCGGUUCUUAUCUUAAAGCUUACGAGGCUCGACGUUGUAUUCCUGAGGGUGUUGGAAAAAAGAGCAGAUGUGCAGCGAGGAACCAGCAAGCUGACGAGUCAACAAUUAGAGCUCGAUAGUAUAGUCGCCAAGGAAGGGUAGAAGGUAGGGGUAGUAGAUAGGAGGGAUAGGGAGAAGAGGGAGAACGAAGCGCGUGCUCGGCAUGCGCAAGGAAUUAGAAGUGAGCCUUCUCCUCCUCCUCUCGCUUUUAACGUAUACACUUAGCUUUCAGUUUCGUGUUUGAAACUCGACAAAAUUUUUUUAGUUUAGAAUGUCGGCGGAUAAACAUUUAGAAAUUGUAGAAUUCAGCUUGGCAGAUGAGAGUGUGGCUAAAACAAAAGCAGCAGCGGCAGCAGUUGACGAGAAAGCACCAAAAACAUUUAAAACAUCGGAAAAAGAGAACUGCUAUCAGAAAUCGGCGACAGGUGGAGCCACAGCAUCCACGAUCACAGCGACAACGACAAGGACAGGAACCGGAACAGGACCUGUGUCAAGCGGUGCUAAGGCGGAACCAGCCACGCCCAGCAAUUCGACGGUGCGAUCGCAGGAUGCAAUUGAUGGGAUGGGCAAUGGGACGGAGCUCAAGUUACAGUCGUAUGUGAAUGGCAAUGGAAAUGGCGUCUACAAGAUCAUCAAGACGCUGGGCAAGGGCAACUUUGCGAAGGUGAAGCUGGCCCUCCAUGUGCCCACGGGCCGUGAGGUGGCCAUCAAGGUGAUCGACAAGACGCAACUGAACACGAGCGCCAGACAGAAGCUAUACCGUGAGGUGAGGAUCAUGAAGCUGCUGGAUCACCCGAAUAUUGUGCGCCUUUUCCAGGUGAUCGAGUCGGAGCGCACGCUCUACCUAAUCAUGGAAUAUGCCAGCCGGGGUGAGCUAUUCGAUCAUCUGGUGAAGAACGGACGGAUGAGGGAACGGGAGGCUCGUGUCAUUUUUCGCCAGUUGGUUUCGGCCAUACAAUAUUGCCACAGUAAAUUCGUUGUCCAUCGUGAUCUGAAGGCGGAGAAUCUGUUGCUCGAUCAGCACAUGAAUAUCAAGAUCGCUGACUUUGGAUUCGGCAACACCUUCAAUCCGAACGCCCAGCUGGAAACCUUUUGCGGUAGUCCACCCUAUGCGGCGCCAGAACUCUUUAUGGGUCGCAAGUAUGCGGGUCCCGAGGUGGAUGCUUGGUCCUUGGGCGUGGUCCUCUACACCUUGGUCAGCGGUUCCCUGCCCUUCGAUGGCGGCACACUGAAGGAGCUGCGGGAACGUGUGCUGCGCGGCAAGUAUCGGGUUCCCUACUACAUCUCCAUGGACUGUGAGAAUCUCAUGCGCAAGUUUCUCGUUCUCAAUCCGGCCAAGCGUGCCACAUUGAAUGCCGUCAUGAGCGACAAGUGGAUCAAUAUGGGACACGAGGAAUCGGAUCGCCUGCGUCCGUAUCGGGAGAUCCCACUGGAACUGCAGGAUGCCGCUCGAUUGGAUCUACUCGUCGCCAUGGGCUACAAGCGGCGCGAUGUGGAGUCGUCUCUCAAGACGCAGGCCUUCGAUGACAUCUACUGCACCUACAUGCUGCUGGGCUUGGCAAAGCCUCGUAGUUCCCGCUUCACAACGAAGGAGUCCGUCACAUUGGAGAGUUCCUCGUCCAGCUCCAGCUCCCACCCCGCCGCCAGCUCUGUCCAGGAGAAGAGCCUAACGACAUCGAAUCGUCCACUGCCGCCGCGUGUCGCCAACGCGCUUGCCACGACAAGCACGGCAGCUCCAACUGGUCCUGCCUCCGCCCCUGCCACGGUGCCUGCCCCCUCGUCUGUGAGUGCACCCCCAGCCAAGCCCACACGUCGCACGCCCGCCCGCAAGGUCGCCUCCUCCACCAGCAGCUCGAGUAACACCUCCGGACGCAAUCGUUCCCCGCAGACGCCACAGAGUAAACGUGCCAAUGGGACUGGCGCAGGAGCAGUAGCAGGAACUGCAACUGGAACUGGAGCCGUCGAUGUGAAGCCAACGCUGCUGAGCGCCCAGCGGCAAAUGGCGCAGGCCCAGAAGUUGGCCAGCACGCCGCAGCGUUUCUUCUACCAAGGCUCAGGGCGACGACCCACGACGCUCUACGAGAAGGCCGAGCCGACCACGCCCACAUCCUCGAACGCGGCGCGAAAGUCGCCCACAGAUGGACGCAUGCUGGAGCGUCUGCACAUUGUCAAUGGCCAGGCGACCGCUGGAGCGGCACAGUCUGUUGCCACGCCCACACCUACGACCCGCCCCGUGGCGACUGAUAAGGCUUCCGACAAACACUUUACGCGCAGCAAUGUGACUCGGGCGACGUUCCACUUUGGCCAGGGACGCAGCGGUAAGCAUGGAAGGAGCUCCAAUAACAGCGACGAGGAUGGCUACCAGGUGCCACCUCUGUCCGCUGAUGACACAAAGCCCGCAUCCCGCAUCGGAUUCUUCUCAAAGCUGACGGCUCGUUUUGGUCGCCGUGUGAUUCAUCUAAACGAGAAGGACUCCUCCGAGCAGCGCAAGAACUUAACCAAGUAGCAUUAUCACUCACACACUCACACACACACAAUCACAUUUAUAUACAUAUACAUAUAACUAUAUAUCGUCCAUGUGCAUCCAGAUGGAAAUUGCUUCUCGCUGUACGCUGUUCAAAUGUCACCAAGUAGUUGGAAAGUACAAAAAAAAAAAAUGAUAUCAAAAAA